AUGCAGUUAAUCCGCGUAAUACCUCAAAAAAGGUGUAACUAUGGCGAUUCGGCACCCGACGAUUCUCACCCUCAUAUGCAUACAUCAAUACUCACCGAUGCUUUGCAGCCGUCAAAGCUUUCAGCUUCUGCUGGAACUGAGUGCUCGUCAAUCUCAUCUAUCUGCGAAACGUCUUCUCUAUAUCCCUCUAGCAUCAUUUCCAAGACACGAACUUACAAACCAGAAUCUCGGCUACAGACCAUCAGGUCCAGUCCUGUCACUCCUCUAAUACAAACCAAAUUCGUCCCGGUCUGCUUUAUGGCAAAUCAGAAUACUAGACAGCCGGAUGACUUCGUUCAUGGAGCGAGAUCAGCCUCAAUACAGCCUGUAUCUGGUACUGUCUGGUACUAUCAAGGUGAAAGGCAACCGGAGGCGUGUCGAUUGGCAGAACUACAGCGCUCACUUAGGUUCAUGUCUCUUCGCAACAUCGGGCCUGAGAUAGAGAAAGAAGGCGAAGAUGAUGAAUCCUGGGAUAUGAGUAGCCUUGAUGAAGUAAAAAGCCUACGAUAA